AGUCGUCGCCGAGCCGUGUCCCGACCCGUCUCUGAUCCCACAACCACCGUCUCUCCAUCCGUCCAUCCCGUCCGUCCCGUCUUUCGCCUCGUUUUCUCCACCGUCGAAUCGAUACGCGAUUUCUUUGCCUCGUUAGCCGAGGUACGUGCGGACGGCGCUCCGCCUCGCAUUCGGCCUGACCGUUUAGUCGGGUGCAUGCACUCCUGCACCUGUUCCGUGGGUUUUUUCGGCCAUACCCGAAUAAUCGCCACCGCCUACUGAACAAUUCCCGUCGAGAUCGUGCGGUGUCAAUGCCUGGCCGGCGUUCCCGAGGGCGAUCCCAUCGAUUUUUUUGACAGAUGCAAGGUGAAUCGUCGAGUCGAGUGCCUGGCAAAAACAACGUUCCUAUCGAUUCCAUCGACUCGCUUCUGACGCGUAUAGGUUAGGAUAAAUAAAAAAUUUCUAAUCGUUCGUUAUAUGCGUCACGAGGAACGGGUCAAAAUGCGGCCGUAGAUGCGGCCGCACAUUUUGCUCUCUCGCGCUGCAUCUCGCUGAUUAACCGAACUGGACUCUAGUCGUUUUUUAACAUGACAACAGGCAAGGACGGCAGUAAGGUGACGACGGUGGUGGCCACGCCCGGCCAGGGUCCAGACAGGCCGCAGGAAGUCAGCUACACCGACACCAAGGUGAUUGGCAAUGGCAGCUUCGGCGUCGUGUACCAGGCGCGGCUGUGCGAGAACAACGAACUGGUUGCCAUCAAGAAGGUGCUGCAGGACAAGAGGUUUAAGAAUCGGGAACUUCAAAUUAUGAGAAAAUUAGAACAUUGUAAUAUAGUUAAACUUAAAUAUUUCUUUUACUCCAGUGGUGAUAAGAAGGAUGAGGUGUACCUGAAUUUGGUUUUGGAAUAUAUCCCUGAAACAGUAUAUAAGGUAGCGAGGCAUUAUAGUAAAUCUAAACAGACCAUACCCAUCAGCUUUAUUAAGCUGUACAUGUACCAGCUGUUCCGCUCGCUGGCUUACAUCCACUCGCUGGGCAUCUGUCACAGGGACAUCAAACCGCAGAACCUGCUCCUCGAUCCGGACACCGGCGUGCUGAAGCUGUGCGACUUCGGCAGCGCGAAGCACCUCGUCAAGGGCGAGCCGAACGUCUCCUACAUCUGCAGCCGGUACUAUCGCGCCCCGGAGCUGAUCUUCGGCGCCAUCGAUUACACGACGAAGAUCGACGUGUGGAGUGCCGGGUGCGUAUUGGCCGAGCUGUUGCUCAGCCAGCCAAUAUUCCCCGGGGAUUCCGGUGUUGACCAGCUAGUUGAAAUUAUCAAGGUGCUAGGUACCCCGACAAAGGAACAGAUCAAAGAAAUGAAUCCCAAUUACACCGAGUUCAAGUUCCCUCAGAUUAAAUCACAUCCUUGGCAACAGGUAUUCAGGGCUAGAACACCACCAGAAGCCAUCGACUUGGUGGCCCGUCUGUUGGAAUACACCCCUUCGUCGCGCAUCAGCCCCUUGCAGGCUUGUGCGCAUCCGUUCUUCAAUGAACUAAGGGAACCGAACACUCGCCUACCGAACGGAAACGAACUCCCUCCCCUAUUCAACUUCACAGAGCACGAACUAGGUAUUCAGCCCACGCUGAACAACGUGCUGAUACCGAGAGUGAGCCAGGACACCACAGGUAGUCCGCAGGAUGGCGUCGCCGCCUCAUCGGCCGUAUCGGCGUCCAGUGACGCCGACGCAUCCGGUAUACCUUAGGCGGUCGAAGACACGGACGACAGAACUCUAACCCACACACGCCCCCCCCC